AUGUUUCAGGUUCGUGGGAGCAAAGGCGAGGUCCUUUAUAUCCUGGAUGCCAGCAACCCACGCCAUUCGAACUGGCUGCGCUUUGUCCACGAGGCUCCAUCCCAGGAACAGAAGAACCUGGCAGCCAUCCAGGAGGGGGAAAAUAUUUUCUAUCUGGCUGUGGAAGAUAUUGAAACAGACACAGAGCUUCUGAUUGGGUACUUGGACAGUGAUAUGGAAGAAGAGGAGGAGGAGGAGGAAGAAGUAACUGUUAUCCAGGAAGAUGAAGACAGUGGCAGCAAUAAAGAAGUACAACCAGCUGGUGAAAAAAUUGCAGAUCCCCUGACCUGUAAACAGGACCAUGCGUGCCCAAACUGUGAAUCCAGUUUUGCCAGCCAGGAGAUCCUAGCUGAGCAUCUGCAGACUUUGCACCAAAAACCCAGUGAGGAAAAGGAAUUUAAGUGCCGAAAUUGUGGAAAGAAAUUCCCUGUUAAACAAGCUCUGCAAAGACAUGUCCUUCAGUGCACAGAGAAUAUCAGCCCAGGAGACUCCUCAAGAAGUUUCCAGUGCUCUGUUUGCAAUACUGCCUUCAGCUCGGAAUCGAGUUAUGAGCAGCACAAGGAGGCGUGCAGAGGAGAUGCCAGGUUCAUAUGCAAGGCAGAUAGCUGUGGGAAGAGGUUCAAGAGCAAGGAUGCCCUGAAAAAACACAAAGAAAAUGUUCACAGUGGAAAUUCUAGGAAGAAGCUGAUGUGUUCAGUGUGCAAUAAGAAAUGUUCCUCGGCAGCAAAUCUCCAGGAGCAUCGAAAGGUCCAUGAGAUCUUUGAGUGUCAAGAAUGUGACAAGAAAUUCAUUUCGGCGAACCAGCUGAAGCGCCAUAUGAUAACUCAUUCAGAAAAACGCCCCUACACCUGCGAGGUUUGCAAUAAGUCCUUCAAACGACUUGAUCAAGUGACUGCACACAAAAUAAUACACAGUGAAGAUAAACCUUAUAAAUGCAAGCUUUGUGGAAAGGGAUUUGCCCACAGAAAUGUUUACAAGAAUCACAAGAAGACCCAUUCUGAAGAGAGACCGUUCCAGUGUGAGGAAUGCAAAGCCUUGUUCCGAACCCCCUUCUCUCUACAAAGACAUCUGUUAAUCCAUAACAGUGAGAGGACCUUCAAGUGUGAUCACUGUGAUGCCACUUUUAAAAGAAAGGAUACAUUAAAUGUUCAUAUUCAAGUUGUACAUGAUGGACAUAAGAAAUACAAGUGUGACCUGUGUGACAAAGCUUUUGUGACACCCUCAGUCCUGAAGAGCCAUAAGAAAACUCACACAGGAGAAAAAGAGAAAAUUUGCCCAUAUUGUGGACAGAAGUUUGCAAGCAAUGGAACACUGAGAGUUCAUAUUCGAAGCCAUACAGGUGAGCGUCCAUACCAGUGUCCCUACUGUGACAAAGCUUUCAGCAAGAACGAUGGCUUGAAGAUGCACAUUCGCACCCACACCCGGGAAAAGCCGUACCAGUGCUCGGAGUGUAACAAGGCUUUCAGUCAGAAGCGAGGCCUGGACGAGCACAUGAGGACCCACACCGGGGAGAAGCCCUUCCAGUGUGAUGUUUGUGACCUGUCCUUCAGCCUGAAGAAGAUGCUGAUCCGACACAAGCUGACUCACAACCCCAACCGUCCCAUGGCAGAGUGCCAGCUCUGCCACAAGAAGUUUACAAGGAAUGACUACCUCAAAGUGCACAUGGAAAAUGUCCAUGGAGAAACUGACAGCUAAAUACAGCCUCAGUGAGAAGGGUGGAUCCAAAGUGGUGCAUUUGUACGUGUACAGACUCCAGACUUUACACCUGGCCAGUAAGCACAGUCAGGAGAAACAAAUGUAAUGCCUUCACAUGUUAUUUUUCCCAAUUUUGUUGUAAAUAUGUUAGUAGGAAAAAAAACAAACUCAAAAGACAUUCUGAUGUAAAACAGCUUGAAAAUAAAAAAAAUGAAGAUAAAAGAGCUUUGGAAAAAUUUAUCCUCAUUUAAACAAAGAAACUUUAAGCAAACUUUUCUUUGUUAAUGACAUCCUUAGAAACUUAGAUAUUAGUAGCAGUGCCUGGAAAUCCUGGACACUUGCAACCAAACUCUUGGCUGUCUGCAACUGUAUUUCUGUAUCUAACCUACAAGGCUCCAUUAAAAUUAUUUAAUUUGAAACCACACAGAAUUUGUCAUUCUAACUGACUGCUGAUUGUAUCCAGGCUUGCUUUAUUCAUAUCAUAAUUCUGCAUUUUGUUGUAACACAAUUUUGUCUCAUUUUAUUUGCAGCUUUCUCAUUACUGUAUGAAACUCAUUAACUUGAAUUGAUUCUUGAGAUGCCAAAAUGUGUGGGUAGAGAACUGUGGAAAUCUGUCAGCGUUCAGUAUUCCUGUAUGAGAUUGAGGAGGAUUUAUUUCAUCUGGUUACACGAAACAAGACUGAAGUGACAAUUUUGAGCAAUUUAGUUUUAAGUACUGUAUUCAUAAUCGCUGUGGCUGGCAAGGCAAGUGAAAACACAUCUGAACAGGAUGGCUUGAGCAGCUAGAAUUGUUGAGUUUACAUGUGUUUGCUUUCUUGGUGAAUAGCUGGUUCCCGCAGUGUUUCUUCCUGAUGAAUCAGAUGCCCUGGAUUUCUUCAUAUCACUUAAAUACCUUUUUCUUUUUUUUUUUUUUUUUCUUAAUACUGUUCAUGGGAAAAAUACUGCUUUAAAACCAAGUAACAAUCAAAUUCUUCAUGUUAUCAGAGUGAGUUGUUUGCUGCAGAAGACUCUUCAAAAGAGUUCCCACAGGCCCUCCUGUACAGCUAGAUAACCAAUGAAUUCUUAUCUACAAGGACAGUAAAACUGUAACUUCAGAGGGUGCUUGCAUGUGGAAUUCCUGAGUUAUCAGCAGUUAAUACUAAGGCUCUGGCAUUAGCAAACUGUUCAGAUUCAUUUUGGACCUGUCAGUAUUUUGCAAAAUGAACUGGGACAUCUAUAAAGAGUUCAGAUUUUGGAGAAAUAUAAUUAUGAAUAAUUCUCUCGUUUCGGGCAACCUCCUAUGUGUAAAAGCAUCCUAAGCCUUCCUGCACUAUUUGCUUCCUGAGAGGCAGGAGAAACUUGGAGACUUUGCCAGUUCCAUUCCACAAAUCAUUUGUUCGUAUAAAUUAAAUAUAUUCUAAGUGUCCAAGACAAAUGUAGUUGAAACAAGCAUUACAAAGUUGAGUAAAGAAUAUUUCCUUGUAUGUAGAGAUUUUGUUAAAAUUUGUCAAAACAGUUUAUUUCUAGGUCAAGAAAACUUGAAUUUACUGGUAGCUGCUAUAAGAAAGAAUAUAAUUUUAAUUGUUAGAUAGCAAAACCAACCAGUAUCAUAUACUGAGUUGUGUGAUAGUUUUUUAGCAAUAUGUUCUUAAGUAUCUCCAAGGGGAAUUAGAUUGGUCACUUGUUUGACAUGUGCACGGUGGGUUUUUUUGUUGUUGUUGUUUGCUUUUUUGAUGUCAGGGAAAAGAAUUGAGUCAUAGGAAAACCAAGAUUUCAAUUGUUUGUUUUUCAGCCUUUUAUAUUUUUCCUUCUUCAGUUUGGUCAGUACAAACUCAGGCAAAAAGAACAGUAGAAGGGAAAUAAAACACUGAAAAAAAGCCAAAACAAAAAACCAAAAGUGAAGGUUUUCUAAGGUGUUCUUGAGGGACGAGUCUGUUAAAAUACAAAGAAGAAAAUCCUUUUGGGGAAAAAAGAAGAUAAUUUAAAAUGUUUACAUGUUUUGCAUAUUUUUUUUGCCAGAAAUCUGUACUGCAAAGUUGUUCCAUGUUUAGGGUUAAUACCUGCUUUUGAGAAGAAUACGUAGUUGUGGGAGUCAUGAAGUAGAGAGGACAAUGUCCUGGUUUUUAAUAAUUAUUUCUAGGUAAGCUACAAUAUAUGAGGAUUAAUCUUGCUGUAUGUAAUCAGCAACAGCAGUUAAGCAGCUGAGGCUUUGAUCUUGUUAAUGGUGUCAACAGAACAAGGGAUUGACAGGAUCAGUGAGGGAAUUCAAACCUUCCUGGCAAACACAAGAAGCAAGUGCUGGAGGUUGAAGCCCAGGUCAAGGUGAGCAUCUUUUCUGUCUUGUCCUCCAGGAACUUUUCCUUUGGGCUAAAAUGGCUGCAGACCUGAGCUGCUACAGAGCCAGCACCUGGCUUGGCAGCUCCAGAUCUUGCCACAGCAAGAGCUGCCCUCUUCUUUCUGUGGGGGUCUGAAUUUUUCCCAGCCCAAGGUAAUGUGUCUCCUAUUACUGGGUUUAUGAACUGUGUAAUUGAUUUUAUAUGCAAGGCAGACUUACCAGUAUGCUACAUAUUUUUAUUUGAUUGUAGCUUUCUUAAAGAAAAAAAAAAGAGCAAAUAAAAACCAAGAGAAAGGGAAAAAAAAAAAGAGCAAACCAGCAAACCCUUCUUCUUUGAGUAAAAAUUUCCAUUGACAGUGUCCCACUUGGUAUUACCUGGAAAAAAUACAGAAUGUUUCCUUCACCUGAUUUUGAGAAGUGAUAAAGUGAAACCUGUUGCCCUAAAUUUUUAGUGUUGUGUUUGUAUGUUUGUUCAUUAAUCAUCAUUUAUUAAAAUGCUGACUUUUCCUUAUUAAGUGGUGCUUUGCAGAAUAAUAUGAAAAUCUAGAGAUAUUCCUGUAAGAGUGUGUAGUCACUGCAAUUUUAGAAGGUUGUGCUUUUUUCCCUGUGUUCUGUAAUUUUCUACAGAUACUAUCCAUAUGCUUGUCAAUUUUUCCACUACCAUUGGCCCCUCUUGGAGAGAGUUCCAUUUCUCAUAUGUUAGGAACAGCAGCACUCUCACUAGUUCCUUUUGCUUUUCAUUCUGAUCAGCUGUGUGGCCUAAGGGUGAUACAAACCAUGAAGAUGAUAAAUAUAUUUUCAUUUUCUAAUAUUAGAUUUUUUGUCUGUCUGUAUGACUGUGAAGGAUUUCAUGCAUUCUUCAAUUUAAACUAUCAAGUCCCAAGCAGAAAUCAGAUAAAGGAGGAGAUAGUCUAAGUUAGCCUCUGCUGGGCAUUUUGUGUUGCUUUAGGUUGCAGCCUUUAGUACUCUGCAUUUGUGUCAGUAAUAAGUACCAGUGCUUUUAUUCUUCCUAGACACCUGACUCUGUGUUUAUUUUAAUUUUUCAGUUUGACAGGUAGCAUAACAGUCCCUCUAAAGCACCACUUGGAGCAGAGGAGCUCAGUGUGCUGCUGUCAGGGUGUGGUCAGGGUACAGUAAAAUGUUUUCAGUUCAAUUACAUACUUACUGCACUGAAGUGUUGGUAUUUUCUUCACAGUGAGAUUUGAAAUCUGCUUAUUUGGGCUUUUUAGGCAAGUGUGAGCUCAGAGUAAAACAGCAGUUACAGCUGUAAAGUUGUGUUCUUCAUCACAAAUUCUGACAGCUGUAUGUUCUGUGGUACAUCAAGAAGAUGGGAGAAAUUUAAGUAAUUUAAG